CCGGGUCCUGGGUCCCCCGAGAGGUGAGUGGGCUGCAGGUGGGAGCUGCCGUGCCGCCCGGCAUGGAAGUGUCGCAGGCGCCGGACGAUUGUGCGCCACGUCACGUCAGCUUUGCUGAGGCGGCCUUGGGCGCCCGCCCUGUUCCCGCCCCGGGGAUUGCCAGCUGAGAUACCCGCCGCGGUGUGGCCUUCCCGGGCUCCGCCGUCGAGGUCCCGGCGCGAUGCUCCAGGCCAGUUUCGGUCCGAGGCGGGAGCGCUGGUGCAGGCUUCCUGUCAGACAACAUGCACUUGUGCCAGCCCGCUUCGUCUGAGGUCCUGUGGGCUCGGCCCUGAAGUGAAAGAACUCCUGGCGUCUCCUCCGGACGUUAUGGCUUUUCCCUCUUUGCGAGAUGGUGCACGAGGCCGCUGACACGACCCCCUUCCCAGGGCCCGUGCUCCCGAGCGUGGAGUGAAAGCCGGUCAGUGAGGACUGGCUCCCACCCAUCUCCCCCGGCCGCACCGUAUUUAGAGAGAGGGUUCUUCAGGGACAGGCUCCCGAAAGUUUGACUCGAGUUCGAGGGGAGUUGUGUCCUGAACCACACCAUGGCAGCUAAGAUGGAAAUCACCCUGAGCUCCAACCCUGAGGCCUCCAAGCAGGAGAGACACAUAAUAACGAAGCCAGAAGAGAAACGGGAAGCCACUCUCCCUGAACCUUGCCCGGACCCCGAGCUCUCCCGCCAGAGCUUCCGGCGCUUCUGUUACCAAGAGGUGUCUGGGCCCCACGAGGCGCUGGCCCGCCUGCACCUGCUGUGCCGGCAGUGGCUGCAGCCCGAGCUGCGCACCAAGGAGCAGAUCCUGGAGCUGCUGGUCAUGGAGCAGUUCCUGGUCAUCCUGCCCCCGGAGAUCCAGGCCCGGGUCAGGCAUCGGCGCCCCGCGAGUGGCAAGGAGAUGGUGAGGCUGGUGGAGGACUUCCAGAGGGCCGCCAAGAAGCCGAAACAGUGGGUGGCAGUCUGCAUGCAGGGGCAGAAAGUUCUGCUGGAGAAAACUGGAUCUCAACUUGAACAGGAGCUGCCUGACUUUCAACUGCACACUCUGCGAAGAGACCUCAGGGAAGAGUCUCUGGAGGAGCCUUCCCCGGCAGGAGGUCCUGACCAGCUCAGUCCCCACCCCUGGGAGAAAUCCCCACUCCUCCAGCAGCCAGCCCCCAAGCCGACCGGGACAGAGGCCCCCAGAAUGAGAAGUGACAACAAGGAAAACCCACAGCAGGAAACGGUUAAAGGAGCAAAGCCAUGUGCAGUGUCAGCUGGCAGAUCCAAGGGGAACGGGCUGCCAAGUCCAGAACCACGAGGGGCAAACAUGAGCGAGCCUCGGCUGUCCCGGAGGCAGGUUGGCUCUCCACAUGCUCAGAAACCAUUUGCUCACUACCAGAGACAUUGCAGGGAGCUGGAAUACACGAGCAGCCCCCUCAAAAACCACCCACUGAGGGAGCUGAAGAAAAGCAGAAGUGGGAAAAGAAGCCUGGGCAGCCGUUUGCAGCGUCUCGGGCACCAGCCAACCCGCUCAGCCAAGAAACCUUAUAAAUGCGAUGACUGUGGGAAAAGCUUCACAUGGAACUCAGAGCUGAAAAGACACAAGAGAGUGCACACGGGAGAGAGGCCCUAUACCUGCGGAGAGUGUGGGAACUGCUUCGGGCGGCAGUCGACCUUGAAGCUGCACCAGAGAAUCCAUACUGGGGAGAAGCCAUACCAGUGCAGCCAAUGUGGGAAAAGCUUUCGCCAGAGCUCCAACCUUCACCAGCAUCACAGGCUCCACCACGGGGACUGAGAGGAGCAUCUUGUGCCCAACGGCUGCCAGGCAGGACUCUGUGUUCCUCCUCCCCUCACCUGCAUGGGAACCAUAGUUCACCUGCGUGACUCAGGACAGCAGGAGGCCCUGGGGGAGGCGGGGGAGGAGCCCUAGAAGGGGCUGACAUGGAUCCCGACGGUACAUGGUAGUGAGAUGAAGACAUGGCAGGUGAAUGGCAGUCUCCGUGGAAAGCAAGUAUGGAGAAGCUACUGAGAGGGAAGCUGGACGACCCCUGGGCAGCUCCUCCUCUGAGGCUUUAUUUAUCUUCCAAAAUCCAUCAAAAGGUAGAUUCUGCAUAUGUCAUGCAUUUCCUGUCAUUCCAGACGAUGCAGUGAACCACCAGAGUUCCAGGCCGUGUUCCUGAGGCAGAAACACUUUCUGUGACAUCCUGCUGUUCAUGGCAAAGAAUAAAUUCCGUGAGAUGAUGUAUGUGCUGGUGUGAGGAAAGGGUUCCAAGGGAAAAAGAAAAAAGAAAAUCGUGGCUGAGGAAAAAGAAAAUGGCAUGUGGUUGCUGCAUUCCCGGCCUGAGAGGUAGAAAAAGCUACUGCAGUAAGCAAACCAUGGCUCAAGACCUCCCUGCACACACAGAGGGGAGUCCUCCCUGUUCUCCCUUCUCCCUGAGGCUGUUGGUUUCAGAAAUAACAAAAUAACUGGGGGGAUGAAAUGUCCUAAAAUUGCAUUAUGGUUGCAGAUGUCAGUAGAUUUACUAAAAAUCCUUGAAAUGCGUUAACUUUAUUAUACCUGAAUUUUACCUCAAUGAUGUUUUAAAAUAUGACAAAAUAUAUUUAUAUGAAAUGUCAGAGUCCCAGAAGAUCCUCUAACCCUACUCCCUCGUUCUCUAAGAAUACAAAUGAAGACUUAGUCACCCUGAGCAAGCCAGCUCAGUUUUCGGUGUGGGGACAGCUUUGGGCCAGUCAGGUUCUACCUUCUGUGAAGACAAGCAGGUGGCAUACCUCCUGGGUCCCUGCCAGUCACCCCAGGGUGCUCUCACAUCCCGUGUCUGCAAGUGCACACUCGUGGGCCUUUGCAUGCACCUCUGCUUGUGUCUUGGCCCAUGACACCCCACAGCUUCCUAGGUCAUGGGACAGCCUUCCUGCAGAGGCAUUCAGUCUGGCCACAGCCUUGCCCAUAGGAGGCAUUGGCAACAUUCAGAGACAGUCUGGGAAGAGCAGAGCCUCCAGGGAGGCAGUGUUCCUGGGGACCUCCAAGAAGGCAGAGGGUGGGCUUGUGCAGAUUAAGUAUCUCCUUGUAUCCAGGAAGGCCCCCAGCAACCAUCUGGCUUAGCUUCAGUGGUGCGGAGGUUGGGGGACAGCACCCUGUACUCCCCAGCUCUGUCAGGACUAAAACCUUGCCUCCAUCAUUGUAGCCCUUGCCCUCAGCCCACGUCCAGCCAAAAGAGGCAAGUGUUCAGUAAUUGAAUAGUUGACACCUUCUGUUUUCCCCAAGGACCCAUUUUGGGCUGAGUUCUGUGAUCCCAGGGAGUCAGUGGAAGCAAAGUGAUGCUUCUGUGUUUGGGGCAGAGGUUUACUGAAGCCCAAUGGCUUUCCUCCUAGCUGUGAUGGCCUUGGAGGCCUUCACCCAUGGUCUCCCACUGAGGGAUUUCCCGUCGGCACACAGCCUGUCUGUACCUCGCUCUAGCCUGCAGCCACUGGUCAGGGCCUCUGUAUUUCUCAUUCCGUUCCCCAGGCCCGUACCCCAUCCUGUUUUUCUAGGCCAGACCUUUCACUGUUGCAUAUAUGCCUCCGAGUCGUGGUCAUGUCUGUGUCAGUUCCUGUUGGUACUUAACAGAUGAUUGUGAAAGUUGGUGGCUUAAAACAAACUUCUGUGUGAGUCUGGAGGGCACAGGUCCAGAAUGAGCCUCGCUCUGCCAGAGCCAGGCUGUUCGAUUCCCCUUGGGAGACUCUGCGAGCGAGUCUGUGUGAUGGUCACCCAUGUCCUUUGGCUUAUGGGCCUGUCUUCCCUCCCCGCUCAUCACAUCAGCUGCUUGCCUGUUUCUGCUCCUUUGGUCUCCCUCUUCUGAGGAUCAUUAGAAUCCUCUUAGGCCUGGGAUGAUCUUCCUGUCUCAAGAUCCUGAACUAAUUACCCACUGUGAAGGCCAUGUGCUACAGAAAGGAGUGUAUCAAGUUCCAGGGCUUAAGAUGUGGAUAUGUGUUGUGUUUUUCUUCCCUUGGGGGAGAGGGGUGUACGAUGGCCACCAGACUUGCUCAUCUUCAGUCAACCUGGUCCACCAAAGAAGACCUCUCCCCAAAGAGAAGGAAUAUGGGUUUCUACUUCCCCUAUUUACAAAGCUUGCUCAACUGUGUAUUUCAAAGAACCUGUGUGUGUGCGUGUGUGUAGGUGUAUGUGUGUUUCUGCUCCUGCUGAUUGCAAAAUCAAUAACUAUAUAAUCUUGGUGUCUUUGGAUGAUGAACUGUUCAACUGUAGACAUUGAAUAAAUGUGAUGAGAUCGCCA